UCAGUAUAAAUUCCGGCAAGGAAGCAUUCAAAUCGAUCAUCAACUUAUCUUACACAACAAAACUUACUCACACAAGCAAAGAGUUUACUCAAGCAACAAUUUACCCAAGCAACAACAACCACCAACAUGACUCGUCCAAGAACACCAACCAAACCACACCUCAACACCAAACCCCGCCCCCAAGCUCCCCAAAGCAAGGAAAAGCCUACACCAUCCCGCCCAAACAUCUCACCAGAGGAAGCAGCCCGCCGCUCGCACCUCACCCCCGCAGAGCGAUCCGCCGAAGCGCUGGACGCUUCGAGGGCCGCGGAGUCCCAACACGAGGGUGAAUUGUGGAAGUGUUCACCAUCAUCUGAGGAGCCCUCUUCAUCUAGCCGUCGUUCAGCAUCCGACCAGGAAAAAGACGCCGCGCACAUGAGAAGCUUCUUCUCCAACUCCCGCCCAGCCUUCUUCGACGCACAAGGGGACCCAAUCCCCUUCACCGGCUCCGCAUCCUCAUAUUUCUUCGGCACAGGCGAGUCCCAAUCUGGGCCUCAGUAUACCCGUAAAGCAACGCGCCAGGAAGAAAAGAAGGAACGGCAGCGGCGUGCACAAGCUGAACAAGAUGCUAAGCGCGAACAAGAGUACUUGGAAUCAGAGUACUUGGAAUCCUCGCCUCCUGUUGAUGAUGAGUACUGGGCUGCGCUCCUCUUGUCUCAACAGAGGGACAAGAAGGAAUGGGGGAUGUAUUAUCUGGUUUUGGUGGCUGAUCUGCGGGCCUUUAAAUCCUCUAGGCAGGAUGGAGUGGAAUUUCCUGCGCUGCCUAACUUGAGAUGUCCAAGGGAGGAUCGCCUGAAGGGUGAGUUGAUUGGGUGCUGCCAUCAUGAUCUCGAGAAGGUGUUUCGAGGGAGUGGGAUGUACUCGAGGGAGUGGUUGAGGAGGGAGAGACAUCAGUGGCAUCCGGACAAAUUCUCUAGACUUGGACAAAACGCUGUGGAGAGAUCCACGGAGGUGUUUAAGUUGUGUCAGAAAUUGCUGGAGACAAAGAGAUGUAAGUUCCCCCUCCUUUCAUUGCCAAAUACACAGAUGAAUAAACAAUAAAAAAUAUCUUUCUCCUUGAACAAUAAAAUUUCCUUCUAACUUGAUUGUGACUAGACCUCUAAUAAGCA